ACCUGACCUUAUCAUCUCCUAAUAGCACGUGUAUAUAAUGGUGAAAUCACUCUAGUUGUUUUUUGCAAUUUUGCUGCAUGAAUCCUAGUCCUUAUGUAUAACAUAAUGUAUUGACCGGCAGUUAAAGGUUAUUCGGACUCUCCAAAAAUAUUGUCAUACUCAUGUUGUCGUACCCUUAUCAAAUCCUCAAAAAAUGUUGUACUUUUUGAUGUUGUCAUACCCUUAUCAAAUCCUCAAAAAAUGUUAUACUUUUUGAAGAAUUUGACGUGCACCGAUAAUAUUUUUAAAGAGUAUAUGCAUAUUUAGAAAGAGCUCAAAGUAUAUGCAUAUUUAGAAAGAGCUCAAAGUUUCUUUACAUUAUUACAUGUCAAGAGUUUAUAUACAAAAUGUUAUGCAUGCAAAGCUACACCAAAAACUCAUCGACUUUGAACUAUUCAAGAAAUACGCUAUCCAACUUCACACCAAAAAGCACCAAAAUUUCUUCUCCUCUAAGUCAAUUAGCAGCAUUACAAAACCCCAUCAAGAAAAUGACUUCAACUCAAGAAUCUUGAAUUCUGGUUCAAAGCCUAGUGCUUAUUGUCUGGUUAAUUUGAUCCGUGUAUGUACCAAUCUUGGUUGGUUUUCUCGUGGUGAACAGCUUCGUUGCUGCAUUUUGAAAUCUGGGUACGUCAACAAUGUCUUUGUUGGUUCAGCUUUGGUCAAUUUCUAUGUUAAAUUUCAGCUUUUGGGUAAUGCACAACAGUUGUUUGACGAAAUGACUGAACGAAAUGUAGUUACUUGGAAUACGUUGAUUUCGGGUUAUGCUCGUUCUGGACAGUUUAGGAAUGCGCUUAACUUGUUUAUUCAGCUGGAAAGAUCGGAACAAAGCUCUGAUUCGUACUCUAUUUCAGCUGCUUUGUCGGCAUGUGGAGCACUUGGUUUAGUACAAUUAGGGAAAUUGAUGCAUUCCAAGAUUGUGAAAUUUGGUGUGGAGUGCAGCAUUGUGGUCUCGAAUUCUUUGAUUGACAUGUAUGGAAAGUGUGGCUGCGCAGAAGAAUCAAAUAGGGUGUUUAAGCGUAUGAUGGAGAAGGAUACGAUUUCUUGGAAUUCGGUUAUUGCAGCAAAUGCAAGAAACAGAGCGCUUGAUCAGGCAGUUGAUUUCUUGUGUCAAAUGCCUGAACCUGAUAUUGUUUCAUACAACGAGGUAAUUAGUGGUGUGGCACAGUUUGGUAUCAUAGAAGAUGCUGUUGAUAUGUUAUCUAGAAUGCCAAGCCCGAAUUCAUCCUCAUGGAAUUCGAUAAUCACAGGAUAUGUCAACCGAGGCAGAGCAAAAGAAUCUCUGGAAUUUUUCCGAAACAUGCAUCUUAGUAAUGUUCUUAUGGAUCAGUUCACCUUUUCAAGUUUAUUAAGUGGGAUUGCCAAUAUAGCAGCGAUAACAUGGGGAAGGUUGAUGCAUUGUUGCACGGUGAAAUAUGGCGUGGAUGAGACUCUUGUUGUUGGAUCUGCUCUCAUUGACAUGUAUUCUAAAUGUGGGCAUAUGAAGGAAGCUGACAUUCUGUUUGGAUGGCUCCCUGUGAAAAAUCUGAUAACGUGGAACACGAUUAUAUCUGGACAUGCUCAUAAUGGUAAUUCAGAUGAAGUUAUCCGGCUAUUUGAGCAGUUGAAAUCUGUGAAAGAUUUACAACCGGAUGGGAUUACAUUCGUGAACGUGUUGGCUGCAUGCUGGCAUAACAAAAUGUCUUUCCAGGCUGCAAAUGAGUAUUUUGAAUUGAUGGUCAACGAUUAUGGGAUCUGUCCGAUGCCAGAACAUUGUACUUCAAUGAUUAAGCUCUUGGGACAAGAAGGAGAUGUAAGCAAAGCAGAGAAAAUGAUUUAUGAACUGGGGUUUGAGAAGUGUGAAUUAGUUUGGAAGGCGUUACUAGGUGCUUCUGUCACUUGUGGGGAUAUAAAGAUGGCAGAAGUGACAGCUGCAAAGGUGACAGAACUUGAAGGUGAUGACGAGUUUGUUUAUGUACUAAUGUCUAAUAUGUAUGCAUUGCAUAGGAAGUGGAUCGAUGUUGGUGGCAUGAGGGGAUGGAUGAAGGAGAAAAGAGUGAGAAAAGAAGCUGGUCGGAGUUGGAUUUAAGUGGAAAACUCAACUCAAAUUCCAUCCAUUAUGUGAUUAAAAGGUGAUACGGAUGCCCCUAUUCCCAAGAAGUUGCUGGCCAGGCUUGGCAACUAUUGUUCGGGAAGUAGGCAAAUUGGUCUUCCUUUGGUCACAAAUUGAAGCACUUGAUGUCCCAAAUACAAAGGCUAGAACAGAAGACAGCCUGCCUUGAACCCCAAUUAACAAAAGAUUGUAAGAAGAUCCUUAUUUAACCAGUGAAGAUGAAGAUGACUUCAAGGGCUGAAUUGGGGCUGCCUGUUUGUCAACUUCGUUGUGUUUAUGCAUCAAUAUUUUUCAGCUUACAACAGAAACACAAACCCUUAUCAUGGAGAAAAGAGUGAAUAUUCAUUACAUCCCUUAUCACUA